UAAUUACAAUGCUUUCAUAAAUACAAUAUGUACAAAAUACAGAAGUGGAUAUUUUCAGAAUGUACUAAGAACAUUGACCAUUUCUAAAAUUUGCCGAUAUGAAUUUUCCAAUGACUAUUAUUUUUUACAAAAAUAUUAGUAAAAAAUUCCGAUUUUUCACGGUCCAUUAUGAUACAGUGCACCCUGUGUGUACAGUUGUACAUUGUACGCUGUACAGCCAAUUUUUUAAUGAAGAGGCAACCUGUAAAACAGAAAUUGUUAAAACAAAAAACCUUGAAUAGAAAUUUUUGUUUAGUAUAAAUUUUCACUCAAACUUAAACGGAAAUAAGUUUAAUACUGCAUCAAGAUUAACAGGAAGAAAGCAGAUAAAUAUUGAUAAUUAUUUGAAAAAUAAAAAAAUGUAUUUUUGCUCAAUCUGUCAAGUCUAGACAUGUAUCUACAAGUCUAGGAUUAAAUUAAACGGAUAAUUUUAUCCCCCCCCCCCUCUUGAAAAUUAUUCAGAUCUUGACUAGGGGGCUAAGGGGCCGGGACCUGACGAGGGCGGGGCCACAUUUCUAAUCCGUUUUCUGUGUGUGCCGUUAUACAGGAACCGCCGGCUGGAGCGAGCAAAGGCCGCGCCGGUGCGACGGGUUGACCGGCGGAGGGGCGGGGUUUCUUGAUAAUUACACAUUAAUCAGAGCGAAAUUUAAGUGAAAACUCCAAAACAGUUUUGGAAUCAGUUGGAUUUGAAAUCUCUUAAAGUAAAGACGUUAUGACUAUUACUCGUGGUGGAAUGGUAUACCCUGAGAGUUACUCUCAACAUCUGAUAGAUCCGAGCAGUGCUCCAACCCAAACCUGGAGUAGUUAUGAAUACUGGAAUCAAUAUUCCCAGUAUCAAAACCAAUAUUUCCAGCCUAGCCCUGCCAUGCCUAUGUACCCGUGGAUGAGCCUGAGCAGAGCUCCAGCCCAGACAAGUCCGGAGAAAUCUCCAAGUUCUUCUCCGUCCCCUAGUCCGGAGCAGGGGAGCAGCAGUAAACGUCCUCGAACCCAGUUCAAGGCUGGUCAACUGGUUGAACUAGAGAAGGAAUAUCAUUACAACAAAUAUCUUUGUCGACCACGGAGGUUGGAGUUGGCCUCCACACUCGGCCUCUCAGAACGUCAGAUUAAGAUCUGGUUCCAAAAUCGGCGAAUGAAGGCGAAGAAAGAGCAUCGAGGCGGAUCAAGCUCCACCGUGUCCAGCUCAAGUAGCAGUUUACAUCAAGUAGCUCCGCUGGCGGAGGUUUCCUGUGGCAGAAGUAAUCUUGAGCACACGGAGGCUAAACUCUACCAGGAGUACAGGACUCAAUCAAGUUCUCCGACCUCUUCAACUUUACGUCAUCAUCCAGGACUCCCAACCCCUCCCUACCCCGGACUCAUAACUCCUCCGUCUCCGGACUCUGGUCUCGAGGCUCCAAGGUUAAAGACGGAGAUGUAUUCCCGGCCGGAGGACAGAGGUGCAGUCCUGUUCUCCAUGCCUAACGAUUACAGGACAGAGGAGUGUAAUAAUUUAUACAAACUUUCUUCCACGCAGUACUCAUCCUCGCUGCAGGAGCUUUCAUACUCAUUUAACCAUCCCCAUCCUCAUCAGCAUUAAUAAAUAAAUCAUGUUUUACAUUCUAAAUCUAAAUGUUUGUUUUUA